AUGUCCCUAAAAUACGAUAUAUCUUUAUAUUUUAAGGAUCAGAUCGUUCAUUUAAGGCAAAGACAUUUAUUUCGCCUAGAUUGGCCUAGCGAAGCCGCUAUCAAGCAACUAAUUAAGAGAGCUGUCCCCUUAUUUAUUAUAGCGGUUACCUUAUAUCGAUUUGUUAGUAAUGCGAAUUGGAACCCUUAG